GCUCAACCAUCCUCUCCAUGACCCGCCCAUUCGCCGCUGCUCCCUGAGCUUGGUCAGGUGUUCGUUGUACAGCUACGUAAGUCUUGUAUUUGGAAAACUGAUUGGAUUUUGUGUCCGGACAAACACAGUCGAGGCCAUGCUCAGACGGAUACUUCAAAUGACCCCUGGGAAGGGAGGCUCCCAGAAUGCAGAGUCAGAACAGCCCAGCACAGACCUCAAUCAUGAUCAGACGUCUGAGGGCUUCAUCUGUCCUCAGUGCAUGAAGUCUCACAACUCUGCAGAGGAGCUGUUCAAGCACUAUGAGCUGUUCCAUGAUACCGGAGACCUCCCUGCUCAUGUGGCCCCCACUCGGGAAGACCUUACGAUGCUCCGGCAAGAGGUUCAGGACCUGCAUGCUUCUCUCAAGGAGGAAAGGUGGUUCUCUGGAGAGCUCAAGAAGGAGUUAGACAAAGUCCAAGGACAACUGAAGCAAAAUGAUGGGCAGAUGAGCUCAGAGGAUUCAGUCCUUGAAAGGAAGUUGAAUGAAGCUGAGACAGAAAAGUUCAACAUCAAGCAGAUGAAAGACCUAUUUGAGCAGAAGGCCGCCCAGCUGGCCACAGAGAUAGUAGACUUAAAAUCCCGCUACGAUGAGGAGAAGAGCCUAAGAGAGGCUGCUGACCAGAGGCUUUCCAAAUUGACUGAACAACUGCAGAAAGAGAAACAGGAGAAUGAGAGACUCCAAACAGAGCUGCUGCAGCGCCCAGGUGUGGAGGAUGUGGAGGUCCUGCAGAAAGAGCUGGUGCAGGUACAGACUUUGAUGGACCGUAUGACUCGUGAGAGGGAGGAGGAGUCUGAACGCCUCAAAAACCACUACGAGCAGCUGCAGGCUAAUUACACUACCUCAGAGAUUCAUAAACUAGAGAUGACCAUAUCCCAACUAAAAGCAGAGCUGGAGAAGGGUCCUCAAGAAGCAGCUGUCUACACACAACAGAUCCACGAGCUGCAGAGCAAUCUGAAUAAUUUGCAGCAGCUAAGCCAGAGCCUGUCUGAAAAGCUGGUGCGUAAAGAGAAGGAGCACCAGGAACUGGAGCAGUGUCUGGGAGCUGAGAAAACUGCCAAGAAGGGAGUCCAAGACAGCCUGAGAGAGAGAGAACUGGAGGUCCAAGAGCUCCAGGCUCGGGCCACAGGGGCUGAGGCCUCCCUGCAGAAGACCCAGACGGAGCUCGGAGAAAGGACUGAGGAGGUGGCAAAGCUAAAGAGAGAGAUGGCGGAGCUUGAGGUGAAGCAUGCGGAGCUGAAGGUUGAGAGGAAACAGCUGGAACAGCAACGGGAAGAAAAGGAGAGCCAGGGUGCUCAGCAGCAGACUGAGAUCAGUCAGCUGCACGCCAAACUGCUGGAGGCGGAGAGGCAGCUGGGUGAGGUGCAAGGUCGUCUGAAAGAACAGAGGCAGCUGUCCGGGGAGAAACUAAAAGACCGCGAGCAGCAAGCAGCCGACCUGCAGCUCAAACUCUCCCGUGCAGAAGAACAGUUAAAGGAGGGUGCCAGUAAGAACACAGACCUGCAGCACCAGCUGGAGAAAGCCAAGCAGCAGCACCAGGAGCUGCAGGCGCUGCAGCAAAACACCAACGGCAAACUCAGAGAGGCACAGAAUGACCUGGAGCAGGUGUUGCGUCAGAUUGGGGAUAAGGACCAAAAGAUCCAGAACCUGGAGGCUCUGCUGCAGAAGAGUAAAGACAUUGUAAGCCAGCUGGAAGCAGAGAGGGAAGACUUAUGUGCCAAGAUCCAGGCUGGGGAGGGAGAGACAGCUGUCCUUAACCAGCUAAAAGAGAAAAACCACGCUCUACAGGAACAGGUGACACAGUUGACCGACAAGCUGAAGAACCAGUCGGAGAGCAACAAGCAAGCCCAGGAUAACCUACACGAACAGGUCCAGGAGCAGAAGACUCUGCUGCGCUCAGCCCAGGACAGAGCCCACACCCUGGAGACCUCAGUCACUGAGCUCACCACCCAGCUCACAGACAGCAAGGAGAAAGUAGCUCAGUUAGACACCCAGCUGAAGGCAAAGACAGAGAUGUUGCUGUCUGCCGAGGCAGCCAAAGCUGCACAGAAGGCCAACCUGGAGAAUAGCCUGGAGACUGCUCAACAUGCACUGCAGGACAAGCAGCAGGAGCUGAAUAAAGUUCAGAAGAAGGUGGAGGAGCAGGCCCAAAGGCUCAAGGAGCGGCAAGAACAGUGCACACAGCUGGAAACCAGUCUGAAGGAAUGCAAAGACAAACUACUGGCCUCAGAACAGCGUGUAGAGCAGCUGGAGGGGCUCAGUAAGAAAUUGGAGUCUCAGGUCGGGGAGUUGCAGGCUACAAGAGAUCAGGUGCAGCAGGAAGUAGAGAAGCUGCAGAAAGAAGGGUCAGAGGUUAAGCGGAAAGCUAAGGAGCUGCAGCGCUCGCUGGAAAAAGAGAAAGCAGGGGCUACAACACUACAAGAGGAGUUAAAGAAAAAAGCAGCUGCUUUGAGUGACAUCCAGCAGCAAAUGGAGCACAGUGAGCAGGAUAAAGCUGCUCUGAAGAUGAAUCUGGACAAGGUGACCCAGGAGGGAAACACUCGGCAUGCAGAGCUGGACAGGAAAGCUCAGAGUCUGGCAGCAGACUUGCAAAAAGCCCAACAGGAGAAAGAAGCUCAAAGGAAGGAACUUGUCUCUACUCAGGAGAGCCUAGGAAAGGCUAAUAAGGCACUGAAAGAGAGUCAGAGUCAGCUGGACACAGAGAGGAAGAGCCAUAAGUCAGCCAUGGAGGAGAAGGAUAAGUCCACUGAGAAGGCCCGACAGGAGCUGCUUAAGAAUAAUGAGACGAUCACCAAGGCAAUGAAAGAAUCUAAAGAGCAGUUGGAGCAGAUGAAAGAGGCAGAGAAAAAGCUGAAAGGGCAGCUGACCUCAUUGGAGCAGCAGCACUCAAAGACUCAGGGGGCACUGAAGGAAAAGGAGAAUGAGGUAGAGAAGCUGCAGACACAACUGAAGACAACCCAGGGGUCCUUUGAAGAGGAGAUGAAGAAACUGAAGGGCCAAUUGACAGAGCUGCAGGAAGUCAAUGCCAAGAAAGCAGAGGAGGAGAGUAAGUUGAGCGGUCAGGUGUCAGGGCUCAGCCAGGAACUGGCCUCUGAAAAGAGUCGAACAGCAGAGCUGCAGAAGGCCUUGGAGCAAAGUCAGGAAAGUCUCAGUAAGCUUCAGUCUGACUUCUAUGGCAAAGAGUCUGAAGUUUCUGCACUGCGUCAAGACCUCAAGGCAUCAGAGGAGAAGCUCAGCUUAGCCCAGGAGGAGCUGGCUGCUAAUCGAACCCAUCAGACAGGUUUAGAAGCUCAGAUCCAGGAAAUGAAGACAAGCCGCAGCUCACUAGAGCAGGAGCUCACCAGACGGGCCCAGAAGAGCCAACAGCAGGAACAAGCACUGAAGGAGCUACAGAAGCAACAGAAUCACGUUAAGGAGGAGCUGGAGAAGGAAAAGAGCAAAGUGGAGGAGCUGAACAAAGCCAAGAGUGUCCUGGAAAAGAAUAAUGGCAAAUUAACCUCUGAGUUAAAAGCACUAACAGAGAAGAGUGAGAAGGAGCUGGGAGAGUUACGGGAAGCCAAACAGCUGUUGAUCCAGCAGAAACUGGAGUUGCAGGGGCAGGUGGAGGCGGCACAGGGUGCACUAGAGCAGGAGCAGAAAGAGCACCAGGCCACCAGGGACAGCAGGAGCCAGAGAGAGGAGCAGCUUCUUGCCCAAACCAAGGAUGUCCAGGAUCAGCUGGUGGCAGAGAAACGAGCGAGAGAGGAGCAAGUGAAGCACAGAGAGGAGGCUGAAGCGAAGCUGGGCGCACAGGUGACGGCUCUGAAUGAAAACGUGGCCACGCUGAAGAGAGAGUGGCAGGGCAGCCAGCGGAGAGUCGGUGAACUGGAGAAGCAGACGGAUGAGCUGAGAGGAGAGAUAGCUGUGCUGGAGGCCACUGUCCAGAACAACCAGGACGAGAGACGGGCUCUUUUGGAAAGGUGUGUGAAGGGCGAGGGUGAGAUAGAGAAACUGCAGGCCAAGGUGGUGGAGCUGAGGAGGAAGCUGGACGAUACAACAGCAGCCAUGCAGGAGCUGGGCAGAGAGAACCAGUCGCUCCAGAUCAAGCAGUCACAGAGUCUGACCAGGAAGUGGGCUGAGGAUCAUGAAGUGCAGAACUGCAUGGCCUGUGGGAAAGGUUUUACCGUCACCGUCAGGAAGCACCAUUGCAGACAUUGUGGAAACAUUUUCUGUGCCGAGUGUUCAUCGAAGAACGCCCUCACGCCGUCCUCUAAAAAGCCAGUACGAGUGUGUGAGACGUGCUUCGAGGAGCUCCAAGGCUGAUUUCCCUCUUUAUCCCUUUACCUAACCCCUGACACCCUCACUUCCUCACACCCCAUUCCUCUCCCUUACUCCAACAGGCAGAAGGCGUGUCUUUGUCGUAUUUAAUGUGCACUAUAAAGGACAGACCCGGUGCAAAGACCCCCACCUGCAUGUGACUCGUGGCUCUGCAGAGGGAAAUAGACAGACAGACGCCAGAGCCAAGUGACAGGGAACAGGGUGGGAUCGGUUGGGAUUGUCUGUAUCUGUUUCUGUGCCUUUGCUACUCCUGUGGACUGCCAGAGAGCGAGACAGUGAGAACUAAGCACCAUCCAUCUCUUUGAGUUCAUGUUCACAUCUCCAUUUUUGUUUGGCUUCAUUAGCAACUGCAAGGUGGCUGCUUUUGUUCAUUGUGAAAUGUUUGCUGUCUGUUGUCAGGAGGUGCGAGGUCAGUGUGACACUGCAAGAAUGAAUGGGGAAGUAAAUAUUGUGAUAGUGAUGUUGAAAAUCACUGCUGCCCUACAAAGGUAAAUACAGGUAACUACAUUGUCCCAAAAAAAUCUGUAAAUGCCCAAUGUAACAUAUUUUCUGUGUAUAACUCAACAUAUACAACAGUCUGAUCACUAACAAAAAAAUGAUGAAUAAAUCUAGCUUUUUAUAGCAAGAAAGUUAAGUAAUAUGUAAGAACAAAAAUAUUUUUGUAAAAUUUUUCAGUUGAACUGACAGGCUAUAUUUAAUGUAUGUAAUGCAGAUAUUACUUUUGAACACAAAGGUGUUUCUCAAAGGGUUUUCAACUGUCAACAGUUCAUUUACCCCACAACAAGGCAGCCAAAACCUGAUAGUUUAUCAGCUGACGUUUUGCUUUGAUGUUUGUGGACAGGGUUUCAUAUAUAUGCAUUAUAUUCUGUUAAUUCACAUUGGCAAAGAUCGCUAGGAUCCUUUUGUUAACAUUGUGUUGUAUAGUAUAACAGCAAAAGGGAAGAUAUCGCGGCUUGAGAUUUUUCUUUGAGCAAAAUGGGGUAAUUUUUUUCUUUCUUGGAUUAUACACGUCCAACUGUAAAAACAACAGUUGUAGCUUAAAAAAUAUAAUCAAUUUACGCACCAGCGUUUUUCUGUACAAAACUUGAGGUUAAAAUAGUUACUGCAUGUUUCCUUUGUGUGGCAGCGUGUUUGUGAAUUUGUCGAAAUUGAUGUUUUCAGCCUAUUUCAUGACCAAAGAAUGUCUGCAGCAGGAACACAGGCCAGAUGAAAGCCCUGAGUUUGUUUUCAUAUUUCAGUAUUUUUCUAAUCGUCUCCUUUUGAAAGCUUGAAAGUUUUAAAUCACAGGGUCUGAUAUUUUUAUCUUGAACACAGCACGUAUGACGAUCUGAGAGGCUUUUUUUUUUUUAACGUACAGUCAGUUUUUGCUGUGUCACAUUUCUCUUUGUGUGUUAAUUUCUACAAAUUGUGGUGCUUUCUGCAGACUGGUGAUGCAGUCAUUGAAGGUGCCUGUAUGUUUAUUUUUUAAUGUUUUUUUCCCUGCUGCUUGUCUCAUCCACACAACAGCAGUGACUACUGCUCAAGCUGUAUGUGUGUUUGUUUGUGUGCAUGUGUGCGUGCGUGAGUGCUCUGCUCUGAAGCAGUAACCGUGGCUGUGUGUGAUGUUGCUGUAACAGAGUGUGUGUGUCUGUGUGUUUUUAGUGUUUAGGCCUGCUGUGCUUGUCUGCUGAGAUGCACUGUGCGAAUGUCGGCCGCUCAGAGCCUCACAUUGUGCGGGGAUGUCGGUGCUGCUUUCAGGUGCAGUGGUUACUGUCGGUUCUCUGUCCAACCUGCCUGAAGCUGAGAACACUGUAAAAGUUAAUUCCUGCUUUGUUUAAUUUAUAAUUGUUGACAGAUAUCGGUAAGAUCUCUUGUUCAAUUGUUGAGCAGCGACAGCCAGGUGACAAUGCAGGCUGCUCUGGCAUUUUGCAACAAGCAGCUUGUUUAAGACUUAGGCUUACCAAACUAACUCUAAAUGCUCAUAUUCCUAUUCCAAAAGAAUGUCCAUCUCAGUUGCAAACUCUAAAAAACACCUCUUUUUGCGUUGCAUUGGUUUUUUGUUAUGUCUACCUCAGAUUGGCACAGGAAAAGCACUAUUUCUUAACCUUAGACGUCACAAAUGGUGUAUUAUUGCCUGCAUUUGAUCAAGCAUUUGUGAUUGAUCUGUCAAGUUGUACAGUCCCUGAAACCUAGAGAGAUGAUUUGCACCUUAUUUUACUGUGGGCUCAUCUGAAUGAGAACCCACCCACAAACAUAGGACCACCAACUUUAUACAGGCUUCAGCAUUUCUAGCUCCAAUUACCUGCUCAUUAAUAUGAAGUCAGUCAUAAUUAUCUUUGUAAAUGUUUGUAAUGAAAGAGAAAAAGGAAAUAUAUAACACUUGUGGAUGUAGAAACAUGACAACAGUGAAACUGUGUGUGGAUUCAUCAGUGUCUUACUCAUUUUUACAAAAUGGCACCACAGUCCUGUGCACACUGAAUUGUGGCUUGCUCCAUGUUGCUCAGUUAUCAUGCAUGAUGACUUAACUGGCCUGUGGCUCACACGUUUUCUUCAUGUUUAGAGUCAUCAUAUCUGGUGGUGGUUGUGAAGGUGUGCCUUAGGCCAACAUUGUGUACAUCACUGCUCACCAUUAGUGGUGAUGUGCACUGUAUUUUACCAGAGUCAGGGUGACUUCAUUUCGCCUGAAGGGAUGAGAGAAAUAAUGUAAUUUCUGUUCACAUGCACCAGUUGAUUUUCUAAUUCAUUGUCAUGACAAACCUAAAUAAAACCUACAGUAUGUUUCUA